AGUUACGAGGUUGUCGCUGCACACAUGUGGCGUUGCAUAUCCAUAGCCCGUCGACUCAAUAACGAGCAAUUAACCAGAUUACGUAUAUCGUUAGAUUUUUGUCACCAAAUAGACCCCCCACUCCCGGAUAAAUAUUUUGGAAAUGCAAUAUUAAUUGUGACAACAGAUGUCACAAUGAAGAAUUUGUUGUUUCAAGGAUUGGGAUACGUGGCAGGAAAGGUGAGGGAGGGCAUAUCUAAAGGAACAAAUGAGUAUGUGAGAUCUUUCCUUGUUCAUCUUAGGAAGAUUGAGGAUUUCAACAAAGUGAGGUACUUUCAUAUUGUGGGUACUAAACAAGGUGAUUUUCAAGGGAACCCUAAUUUGUCCAUCACAAGUUGGAUAGGCUUGACAAAUGAUGGUAUGGAUUUUGGAUGGGGUAAAGAGAUUUACAUGGGGCCAGGUCUAGUUGGAUUUGAUGGCAAGACUUUUGUUUUUCCUCGCUUUUCUGAUGAUGAUGGAUCUCUCAUGGUGGCCUUGCGUUUGCAAAACACCCACAUUGACGAAUUCAUGAGGCUCUUUUAUGAAAAUUUGUCCAACAUGUCUAGAUUAUAAUUGCGGAAUGUUUUGUCUUAUUGUUUCUUAUCUUUAGUCUAUGUUAGAACUCCAAUUACUAAAUGUGUUUAAUUGUGGUUUCAUGUAUUGGUUUUAUGUAUGUUAAA